AUGGCAGAUAUGCGUGCACCACCCACUCCCACGGCCAUGCUAAUCGGCACCGCCAUCAUAGCCGGUCUCAGUGGAUAUAUGAUUGGAAUUGCGUCUAGUCUUGGAUUCUUCCCAAUUCCUUUCAUGCCACGGAAACCCAAGGAACGAGGAAUCGCGCAUUACGACGAUGAGGAAGAAAGCGAGGAGGAAGAUAUCGAUGCGUCUAUAUUAGACCAUGCGCCCAACUGGUCCAAUGGGUUAGAAGCUGAUAAACGAGAUGGGUUACGUGUAACACAGAACGAUACUACGAAAAAGAGUGAGAAGAAGAACAAGGAGAAGAAGGAGAAGAGUGAAGGCGGACCUGUGGACACCGGAGAAGAAUGUAAAUUGGUCUUGGUUGUGAGAACGGAUUUGGGCAUGACGAAAGGAAAAAUCGCUGCACAAUGUUCCCACGCCACACUCGCCUGCUACAAAACUAUCUCGCGCCAACCCGCCAAUGCAUUGAUUCUACGCCGCUGGGAACGGGAAGGUCAGGCAAAGGUCGCGCUGCAAGUAAAGUCUGAAGAUGAAUUGCAGAUCUUACAGGCGCAGGCUAUUAGUUUGGGGGUUGUGGCCGAGCAGAUUGCGGAUGCGGGUAGAACUCAAAUUGCGAGUGGGAGUCAUACUGUUUUGGGAAUUGGUCCUGCGCCAAAGAGUGUUAUUGAUCAGAUUACUGGGAAAUUGAAGUUGUUAUAGACGAGGAUGAUACUGGCAGAUUCAAGGGGGUUUGCAAAUGAAGCCCUGGGAAGAGUAAAGGCGGAGGAUCAAAAUUCCAAGACGAAUAUCAUGAAUACUUGGGAUUCGGACGCUACCGAGCACAGGAUUAGGGGCAAGGAGGGUGAUCUGAAGGAAUAUUGAUUGAUUCAAGACUUAUGGGGAUGAAGAUGUGAAAGUCAUCGAAGUUAUGAAACGAAGUACAGAAACUCAAAAGCGUAGCAUUGCUGGCGUUCAGGAUGAUCGAGGAUAUAUUUGUAGACACGAAUAGGCUUUGAAAUCAAUUCAUACUGAAGUCUUG